AUGAAGCUCGUCGAUAUUCAGGCGACCAUUGGCGUCGCUGCGCUGGUGUUGUCGGCGGGUUGCGAGGCGAAGCAUGCCCACCGUCUGUCGCAUUUGGGCGCAUUUGGGAAGCGACACGAUCACAGCCUUAAGAGAACAUCCGAGUCGUCGCGCGCCGAAGGUGUCGAAGGUGGACUGCAGAAGCGUGGAACCUGCGCUUUCCCGAGCGAUGCGGGCCUGGUUGCCGUCACACCUGGAUCGCAAAAUGCUGGCUGGGCGAUGAGUCCUGAUCAACCGUGCAAGCCGGGCAACUAUUGCCCCUACGCUUGCCCACCGGGGGAGGUUAUGGCUCAAUGGGAUCCAAAAGCGACAAGUUAUCCAUCCAUGAACGGCGGUCUCUAUUGCGAUAACAAUGGUCAAAUUAGCAAGCCAUUCUCUAACAAGCCAUACUGCGUUCCUGGCAGUGGUGCUCUGGGUGCGCAGAGCAACUGUGGAUCAGGCAUUGCCUUUUGCCAGACGGUUCUGCCAGGAAAUGAGGCAAUGCUGAUUCCCACACAUGUCACUGGAUCCUCCGACCUAGCGGUUCCAGACACAAGCUACUGGUUGGCCACCGCUGCUCACUACUAUAUCAACCCUCCCGGAGUUAGUGUUGAUGAUGGAUGCAUCUGGGGUGAUGAGUCAAAGCCUCAUGGAAACUGGGCGCCGUAUGUUGCCGGAGCCAAUACGAUGGCUGAUGGCACUACCUUCGCGAAGAUCGGGUUGAAUCCUAUCUGGACUGGCUCCAGCCUUUCUGGCACUGCCCCAAAGUUUGGUGUUAGUAUCGAGUGCCCCGGCGGAGGAUGCAAUGGCCUUCCGUGCAAGAUCGAUCCUGCUUCCGGCUCCAGCAGCAUCCCCAGUGUGACGAGUGCCGACAAGGCUACUGGGGCGGGGGGAGCGGACUUCUGUGUAGUAACGGUGCCUAAAGGCGGAACGGCCAAGGUCGUCGUCUUCAACGCCGGGUCUGACUCCAGCUCCUCUGGAUCAUCGUCUUCCAAAGCUGACUCCAGCUCCCCUAGCCCUUCUCCUUCCCCCAGCCCAACCCCGAGCCCAACCCCAACACCUACACCUACUCCUUCAUCGUCAUCAGCACCAGCGCCUCCCUCCAGCACCCCAUCUUCCUCAAGUAGCGAGUGGUCGAGCUCAUCGUCGAGCUCAUCCAGCAGCAAGUCCAGCUCUUCUACCAUCAUCCUACCAUCGAAUGGGCCCCACAUUCUCUUCCAAAACCAAUCUUCAUUGUCAAGCACAUUGGCGUCAGCUUCAGGAACAGGAAACCUUGCGAUGGGUCCCGCUUCAACCGCAGAGCCCCCCAAACCGACCACCAGCAAGAAGUCCGCAGCCAGCACAAUGUUUGUCUCUAGCACCGCGGUUGCUUUCACCACUGUCUUUGCCCUCGCCUCGGCAUACCUCUUCUAA